AAAAAAGGAACGAAAUAUUUCUUUUAUUUCUUUCUUGUUUUUAUAAAAUGAAUGAUGGUAACGACUUGGAAGUAGCUUAUAAAGUUCUUUUGGAAUUAGAAACAAGGUUCAAUCAAAAGCCUCGCCCUGGUAAUUUGGGUAUUCAUGGACCACAAAUACAGGCACUCACUGGAUAUGUGCAUGUAUUUAAACAACAUCCUCAUCCACUGAUUAUCAAUACUGCUAUAUUGAAACUUGCUGACUGGUUUCGUUCUUACAAUAAUACCGUCAAGCUUUAUAUUUUAAAGGUAUUUAAAGAGGCAUCACACCAUUUGGAGAAAGUGAUGAAUGUGGAUGAAACAGUCAGACGUAUUUUACCUAUCCUUGGCAGUAAUGAUCCUAUUGCGAGAUCACUUACAUUAAGAGUUCUUGGAUGUAUGUCUUCAAUUAUAGCAGAGAAGUUGGAUGUUCAAUUUGGUAUCAUCCAAAGACUCGAAUUAGCAACCUAUAAAAUAGAGUUACAGGCAGCUAUUUGGGCAAGUGAUCAAAUAUGUGAAAAAUCAAGUCGAUUUGCUGCAGUCAUAUUUCCAAAGAUUGAUAAGAAAUUAAGAGAUUCCUUUAUCCCUCUCAGUAUUAAGUUGACAAUAGUAAAGAUAUUCAGACAUAUGCAUGAAGACAUUGGGAUGACAAGAGAGGCUCAAAAUACGUGUCUAAAUUUAUUAAAUGAUCCAAAUGCUGAUAGUGAAUUAGUCAUUGUCACCCUGAGAACAUUAACGCUCUUGAUUAGUAAAGGUGUCAUUGAUCGAAAGGAACAGAUUGAUAGAUUACUUGACUAUGCAUUGAAUGAUACCAGAGACAGCGUCCGUUAUAGCGCCCUUCAUGAUCUGUCUAUACUCCAGAAAACAUUGUAAAUUCUUUAUUUCAUACAUCAUUUUCCUAAAUUGUAAAGCAUUAUACCUAAGCCACAGACCUAUCAAAAUAAAUUAAGCCGUUAAUUUCUAUGCAC